GGAACUCAGUGGUUCUGGUCGGCAAUAAAUUCAGAGACAACAGCCCGAGUGAGCUCAGCUAAGCGGUGACUCUUGUCACCCUAGACGCCGAUGCGCCUCAAGGUGCCCACAACUCCAAAGAUCGUCCAUGGGCUUUCGUCUUAGUGUGCUUGUGGCUUUCAUGGCGCAAGAGAGACGUAUAGUGCUAUCGGAUGUAGAACACACUGCUAAGAGGGAGAUGCUUUGGUACCAUGCAAUGAAUACCAGGAUUAUGUGCAUUGCUUUUCGCCAACAGAGCUCACGACUCCCUAGUGCGGACGAUUCCUGUUGGAUCAUUGCCUCCACCAUCCGAUGCAAGGCCACUGGCUAAGGGCGUUGCGUACUUUCAUGAGCUCCGCUCUGAGGACUUAUUUUGUUUUUCUCGUUUCUCUGAGAAUCAAUCUGGUUUUGCACGGAAGACAACCUAUCACCAGUUUGCGAGAAAGUGAGCACCAGCACCACCACAACCGUGGGUAC